ACGAUUACCGGCAGAGUCAAGUUCAUUUCAAUAGAAGUUCCCGUAAGAAACAAACGAAAGUUAAAAGUUGGAUCUUUAGCUAAAGGUGAGCGUCAGUACGAAAAGGAAAGCAAGCGAAAAAGUUUUUUGUUAAAGACUAAAGUUCCGAAAGUUAUUUUUCUUUAGAAACGAAGUCAUGACGACAGUUAGGCAAACUUCUCGCAAACGCUUUCCAAACUGGCUUCGAGAACUGGUCGAUAAGCAAGAAGUCAAUGGUGUCUACUGGUUGGAUGAAGAGAAGACGAUGUUUCGUGUUCCCUGGACGAGAGUGGAUAGCCCUGAAUUUGAUUUACCUCGAGAUGCAAUGCUCUUUCAAAAGUGGGCUGAAUUUACAGGCAGAUAUCAUAUAGGAGAGAGAACCGACCCAUCGGUAUGGAAGACGCGUUUUAGAUGUGCUAUACGAAAGAUGUCUGAGAUUGAGGAAAUCAAAAUAGAGAACAACCUUGAUGACACAAAUGGCCAUCAACCAUUCAGGGUUUUUAGAUUUAAAAAAGAAGAAGAACGUCGCCCAAAAAAGGAGUUGAAAAGAAAGUAUAGAUGCCGUACCACUUCACGAGGAAUUGCAACAAGGCGGCUAAACACACCACUGGUUAAUAAUGGUAAAUACCAUUCCACUUCUAGAAAAAUAAAACAAGGUGUGGUCUUAGGACAUGGCAUUACGCAGAGCGUGACAGAGAGCGUGACACAGAGCGUGACUCAAAGCCUACCUGGUGGUAAUGCACAAGACACAGAGAUGAAGGUUUUCAACGGUCUGUCGCAUGAUUUUACAGCUCUUGGCGUGACAAAAAUCGAUAGUAUGAUGGCACCUAACAGUAUCCAACAAUGCGUGAUGCAAAAUCGCAAGACUGUUCAUGUGAACAAUUACAACGAUUUACGAUCUGACGAUGUCAACGAUAUGGCAGUCACGCAAUCUAUAUCAAAUUUUAGAAUUCCAAAUGGUUCACUGCAGAAGUUGAUGCCUGGCUUUACGUCUUCAACGCGUGACGUACAUUAUUUCCCAGACAGUACUCUGGGUAACACUAGCACUAACUUUGAGAGGAAUGUYACGCAAUGUGCGGCUAGUAACGGCUUGUAUCGGUCAAAUAACAUGAGUGCCACGCUUAUCAACACUCCUUGGUCGAACCAAGUGGGAAUGGAGAAGGGAAAUACGAGUCAAGAAGCAUGUGAAUCUGAUGAAUCGAAUCUACCUAGAAUAUCCUUACAGGAGAUCAACAAUAUACUGUUGGCAUGCAGUGAACCUUCGUUCACAUCUCAGGCAGGAGAGCUUGCAGGAGUUCCAUAUACCACCGACCGAAUGAUGCCCUAUAACGCCUUGCAGUCUUCAUUCUUUGAUAAUGGAGGCAAUAAAACCAGCUGCCAUAAUGGUCAAAUGCUUGAGAACCAAGUAUGCCAAGAAGCAAAGGCCUACAACGAUUCACUCAUUUUAAACGAUCUGAAUGAGAUCUUUCAACAGUCAAUCAAGAUUGAGCUUGAGACUGCGUGCCUUUCGACUAACAACAAUGAACAAGAAUCAAUAGGGAUACACGAUCAACAAGAUUGUAUGCUGCCAACACUCAGCAAUGAAUACCCUUCUAAUGUUUACUAAUGUGUCACCUUCUCAAUAAUAAGGAGGUACACAUGGAAGUAGGCCUAGACGGAGCGGAUCUCCGCAAACCGUUUUUGAUAUUGAUUUGCUAGUUGCGCGCGUGUUAUUUUUGUAAGCCAGACUGAAGUCAAAAAUAAGGUGUUUUUUUUUUCUCCGGCCAUAGUUAAUGGUUAAUUAACUAYGUUCUCUGACUUUUUCACUUAAUUGCUGUGGGAAUCAAGGGUUGUGUGACUGGUAGCACAUUCCGCAUGAAUGAAGUGAAGAGCUCAACAUGUUUUGAUCACACAUAAUUAAGCCCAGAGCGGUUUUUCCUGGAUAUUACUGGGCUUGCCCGCGGAUACACUAUAUUCAGUUUCAUCAAUGUUACCCAAAGUGUCAAAGGCACAAUAAAAAAUUCGUCUAGAAUAGUAUAUAACAAUUUCAUGUAAGUAAUAAUCAGAUCUUUUAAAGAUAAUAACGUAUAUUACAAGUAAGAAGGGGAGUAUGCUGUAAUAUAUAAGCUCAAACCGGUGAGAUGGUUGCCGGCUAAAAAAGACUUCAAUAUGCAUGGACACAGGCAGGAAUGCAACUUUAGAGGCAACCCUAGCCCUAUACCUUGUACUAGUUGAAGUUGUUUGGUUAUCCUUGGAAAAGGGCGGGGUUCCCCGGGCUAAGCCCUCUCCCCUGUCCCUUCGAUCCACCAAUAGGAAAUACUGUACUUACCUUACCUACGACUCUAAUUUUGUUUUGCACAUAAAUAUAGGGGUGUCUUGCUGCAUACCACGAUCAUUUCUAUAAGUAUACAGCUAUUUCAAAAAAGAUUGAAUACUGAAUACUGCAUAUUGAGUAGAGCACUCCGAGACCAAAGGGCAUUGUGAGUCUCGUUAAUUUGAAAU